AUGGCUGAUCCAGCUCUUCAUCCAGAAACCCAACCCCUGAAACAAAUCGCCAUAGACUACACCCCAGAAGCUUGCACACAUUGCCCCAACUCCAACACCAUCACCCUCACCUUCGACCACCGCGGUGGCGCCAGGUGGCGCACCACCACUCGCUUCCUCUACGGCACCUUCAGCGCCCUCAUUCAGUGUCCUACAGGGAACACCGAUGGCCUCAACUUCAACCUCUACCUCUCCUCCUUAGAGGGUGACAAGUCACAGGACGAGAUCGACUUCGAGUUCUUAGGCAAAGACAAGACCAUUGUCCAAACUAACUAUUACACCACUGGCACUGGCAACAGAGAGAGCAUUCACCAACUGGGUUUUGAUUGCUCUGAUGGGUUCCAUGAGUAUGUCAUCAAGUGGGGUCCUGGUGAGAUCGUGUGGCUGAUUGAUGGGAAGGUUGUGAGGAAGGUGGAGAGGAAAGAGGGUGAGGAUUUUCCUGAGAAGCCUAUGUUUUUGUAUUCUUCGGUUUGGGAUGCUAGCUAUAUUGAUGAGGGAAGGUGGACUGGGAAGUAUGUGGGUUGUGAUGCACCUUAUGUUUGUGUUUAUAAGGAUAUUCAUGUGCCAACAGGGACUGCUUUGGAGUGUUCUUGUGAUUCCUGA